AUGGUCAAAGCAGUCGCAGUUCUCCGUGGUGACAGCAAUGUCAAGGGUCAAGUGACCUUCGAGCAGGACUCCGAGAGUGGCCCAACCAAGAUCACCUACGAUAUCACUGGCAACGAUGCCAAUGCCGAGCGUGGUAUGCACGUUCAUGCGUUUGGAGACAACACCAAUGGAUGCACUUCUGCAGGCCCACACUUCAACCCCCACGGCAAGGAGCACGGCGCCCCAGAGGACAGCGAGCGCCACGUAGGAGACCUGGGCAACUUCAAGACCGACGGCCAGGGCAACGGCAAGGGCACGAUCGAAGACCAACACAUCAAGCUCAUCGGCCCACACAGCGUCCUCGGCCGCACCAUCGUUGUCCACGCCGGUACUGAUGACCUUGGCAAGGGUGGCCACGCAGAGAGCAAGAAGACUGGCAACGCUGGUGCCCGCCCAGCUUGCGGCGUUAUCGGUAUUGCCGCAUAA